GAGUGAAAACAAAAGUGAAAAUAAAAGCAGCACAAUUCAAGGCUGCAGAAGCAAAUCGGAGAUCGUGAUAUACAGACGUUUCCAUGUGUUUGCUUUAAAAAAAAUCUAAAGCUGUUUUUGCAGAAAAGAUGUGAUCAGACAGGAACAUGCCAUGGACCAUGUCUGCUGACCUUCAGGACCUGCUGUGAGAUGAGAAUUCAUUAAUGGAAAACUACAUUACUGCCAGUGCAUGAUGCAUCCUAAGCAAACAAUAUUUUCAAGACCUGGAAGUUUUAGCCAGAAGAAGCUACAGUUUUUUCUUUUGUUCUAGAGAGGAUCUUUCGAUGCAUGCAUUUGCAAUGGCUAGUCACUGUAGAAUAUGUUCACUGGUAUUAGUGCUGCAGCUAUUACACAUUUAUUCUCUGGGAAUUUGUGGAUUUAAACAUCAAACAGGUAAAGACAAUGUAACUUCCCCUACCAAUGGCAAGCUAUUUCCUUGGAAUAAGAUGAGGCUUCCUGAUAUGGUAGUCCCAAUCCAAUAUGACCUCUGUGUUCACCCUAAUCUUACUACUGUACAUUUUACUGGACUGGAGAGGAUAGAGAUCUUUGUGAGAGAGAAUACUAGAUUUAUCAUCUUGCACAGCAAAGGCCUUGAAAUCACCAGUGCAGUUCUUCUGCCCAAAGAUGACUUGGGGUCCGGUAAACCAGGAAAACAGCUUCAAGUUUUAGAACAUCCUGCACAUGAGCAAAUUGCCCUGCAGGCUCCGGAAGUAUUAACAGCUGGCCAGCGGUUCCUGGUUGUCAUAGAGUUUCAUGCAAGACUGGCGGAUGGCUUUGAUGGAUUUUACAAAAGUACUUACAAAACUCGUGAUGGGGAAACAAGGAUAAUAGCUACUACGGAUUUUGAGCCUACCUCAGCAAGAAUGGCUUUUCCAUGCUUCGAUGAACCAUCUUUCAAAGCCAACUUUGCCAUCACGAUAAGGAGAGAAAGAAAACACAUUGCAUUAUCCAACAUGCCAAAGAUUAAAACAAUUGAACUCGAAGGAGGCCUGUUGGAAGAUCAUUUUGAGGUGACUGUGAAAAUGAGCACUUACCUUGUAGCCUACAUAGUUUGUGAUUUUAAGUCUGUGCAGGCCACAACAUCAUCAGGAAUCAAGGUAUCCAUCUACGCAUCACCUGACAAAUGGAGCCAGACACAUUAUGCCUUAGAAGUAGCAGUGAAACUACUGGAAUUUUAUGAGAAGUACUUUGAUAUUAGCUUUCCUUUACCAAAACUGGAUCUUGUUGCUAUCCCUGAUUUCCAGUCAGGAGCCAUGGAAAACUGGGGUCUCAUCACAUAUAGAGAGACUUCACUGCUCUAUGAUCCCAAGACUUCCUCAGCAUUCGACAAACUGUGGGUCACAAAGGUGAUAGGCCAUGAGUUAGCACAUCAGUGGUUUGGUAAUCUGGUUACUAUGGAAUGGUGGAAUGACAUUUGGCUAAAUGAAGGUUUUGCCAGAUUCAUGGAAUUGGUUUCUGUUAGUGCUACGUACUCAAAGCUGCAGAUUGAGGAUUACUUUCUGAAUGUAUGUUUUGGUGCAAUUGCAAGGGAUUCAUUAAAUUCAUCUCAUCCGAUCUCCAACCCAGCAGAAACUCCUACUCAAAUAAAGGAAAUGUUUGAUACUGUGUCCUAUGACAAGGGAGCUUGUAUUUUGAAGAUGCUCCAAGAUUUCCUAUCUGAGGCGGUGUUCCAGAGAGGAAUAAUUCACUACUUGAAGAAGUACAGCUAUAGGAAUGCAAAGAAUAAUGACUUGUGGAACAGCAUGGCCAAUACUUGCUCUGAAAGUCACUUCUCUUCUGGCAACUUUUGCUAUACAGCUUCCAGGCCCCUUAGCAGCACAUUCAGUCGUAUGGGGAAACUUACGGAGAUCGAAGAGAUGAUGAACACUUGGACACUUCAGAAAGGGAUCCCACUGGUUCUUGUUAAAUUCGAAGGAAACACCUUAAGAUUGCGACAGGAGCGCUUCCUUAAGGGUGUUUUUGAAGAAGACCCUGAAUGGGCUAACCUGCAGUCAAGGUAUUUUUGGCAUAUCCCACUCACAUACAUCACCAGCAGCUCCAACACUGUUCACAGACACAUAUUAAAAACUAAAACAGACACACUAGAACUGGAGGGAGAGGUCGCCUGGGUGAAAUUCAAUGUGGACAUGAAUGGCUAUUACAUUGUGCACUAUGAAGGAAAUGGCUGGGACAACAUCAUUAAACUGUUGGAUCAGAACCACACCCUUUUCAGCCACAAGGACCGAGUGAACUUGAUCCACAAUGCAUUUCAACUGGUCAGUGCAGGAAGGUUAUCGCUGGACACAGCCCUUGAUCUGACACGAUAUCUCCGACAUGAAUCCAGUAAUGUAGUACUUCUGCAAGGCUUGGGCUACCUGGAAAUGUUCUACCACAUGAUGGAAAGAAGAAAUAUUUCUGAUGUCACAGAAAACCUUAAGAGGUACAUCCUGCAGCAUUUUAAGCUGGUGAUUGACAGGCAAACGUGGAGCGAUGAGGGCUCAGUCUCUGACAGAAUGCUUCGUUCUGAUCUCCUUGGGCUUGCGUGUGACCUACAAUAUCCUCCCUGUAUCCAGAAGGCAGACAAGCUUUUCAGCAAGUGGAUGGGAUCUGGUGGGACGUUAAACCUUCCAGCGGAUGUUCUGAAGACAGUCUACUCAGUUGGAGCACAGACAACAGCAGGGUGGAAUUAUCUACUGAAGCAGUAUAGUCUGUCGAUGUCAGGUGCAGAAAAGAACAAAAUCCUCUAUGCUUUGACAACCAGAAGGGACUGUGAAAAACUGACAAAGUUAAUUGAGCUGGGCAUGGAAGGUGAGGUUAUCAAGACUCAGGAUCUAGCAGCUCUUCUUCAUGCUAUUGCCAGAAAUCCAGAGGGACAGGGGCUUGCUUGGAAUUUUGUCAGAAAAAACUGGAACAAACUUCUUAAAAAGUUUGAAUUAGCCUCUUUUUCUAUAAGAACUAUUAUUGUUGGCACUACAUCUCGCUUUUCCUCCGAAGACAAGCUAGAAGAGGUGAAACACUUCUUUAGGUCUCUGAAGGACCAAGGAUCACAGCUAAAAAUCACUGAAGUUGUGCUGGAAACUAUAACAAAAAAUAUUAGAUGGCUGAAAAGGAAUCUCAACAGUCUAAGGAACUGGCUGCUAAAUAAUCUUUAAACCACACUGCAAAGCAGAGAGGAUUUCAGUCUGAUUAACUGUUCCCUUUCACUCCCCACUGUGGUGAUGCAUAUUUGGGGAGUUUGCCAUCCAUCGCACAAUAUAGAUAUGUUAACAACCUCAAAUAUGUACAAAAAGUUUUUUUACUGAUCCAGAACUGGCUAAGGAAAGAGGAACUAUUGUUAAGUCUGUGAACUGUUUCAAUAAUUUGUCACAAUGUAAUGCUGUAAAUACCCCUCUGAUAGGUACAUGGGCACAAAAGUAAAGUACAUAAUUUUUCCAUGCCUUUUUGUCUUACUGUUUGCUGGAAUUAUUAUUUUGUUUUUUUAUGGUUUCUGGCCACAAGAGACAUGAAUAACCCACUUACUAAUAGUUUCUCUCUUGUUUGGUUUAGGUUGAAUUAUCUAAUCAGAAAGGGUGAGGAAUUUAGAACAAACAAGACACUUGCUCCAGACAGAGAGGCAGCAUAGUCUAGUGGCUAAUAUGCUUGACCAGGAAUUCAGAGACUGGAAUUCUAUUUGUGAGUCUACUAAUGAUCUGCUGCAAGACUUUGGACUAGUUGCAUCAUGUGUGUGCCCUCACCCUGCCCCAAUCUCACGUCUCUCUUGUCUAUUUAGAUUGUAAACUCUUCCAGCCAGGACUGUCUUCCCUAUAUGUCUGUGCAGUGCCUAGCACAAUGGGGCGGUCAUCUCAGUUGGAGCCUGGAGGUGCUACUGCUAUAAUUAAUAUUAAUAGAGUAUCUUCUGGGGAAAACAGUGUAGUUCUUCUUCUACACGUGCUAUCAAUUCAGCUCAUCCCUAAGAUGAGAGGGCAAUUUUCUCCCUAGCUUCUUUGCUUGAAUUCUCUUUUUCUGCACAGCCUGAAUAGCCUAAAUGAACUGUGCUAAAGGUGUGGUUUUUUUCUCCUUCCAUUUUUCUUAUAGCCUGUUAGCAAACAAUAUAAAAGCAUCAAAAGCAAACCUUGGAGUUCAAGAAUAAGUAGUGUGGUACUUCAGACAAGUAGUGUAGUACUUUGGACAGCUUCUGACUAAUACAUUGCUUUAAAAGUAUUUUACUAACAAAGGGUCCUUUUCCUAAGAGGCUGGGGUUUAUGGUGAAGUGUACUUGUGGCAAUUUAUUUAUAAAAUUGCAACAAAUUAAUGCAUUGUUUAAAAGAUUUUAAUUGUGAAUGAACUCAGUUUUACUGUUGUAAAAGCAUAAUCUGUUGCCUUUGUUGUUAGAUACCUUUCUGUCAUACACAAAGAAAUACCAGAUUUCUUUACACAUGCAGCCAGAUUUUCAGAAGUGGCCACUGAUAUUAUGUACCUCAAUUUGUGUGCCCAACUUGAGACAUUAUGUACCUAGUUUUCACAAGGUGCCUCAGGCUCCAGAGCGCACAAUAAAGUCAGCUUUGGGGGCAGGGAAUGCCUGUAUGUAUAAAUAAUACCCAGCAUAAUGGGGCCCUGAUCCUGAUUGGGGUCUCUGGGCUGUUUUACGGUUAAUAAGUAUUGUUAAUCCGUCACAGCAGCAUUUGAGCAUUGGGCUGUUACUUCUUUUCCUAAAACAGCUUGUGUUUGCCACAUUCUAUAUUCACUAAGGGUAAUAUUUGUUCUUCCAUUUGGGAAUCUGAAAGAGUUACAAAUUCUAAUGAAUUAAACUUCACAACACCCCUGGGAUGUGGGGCAGGGAAGCAUGGAAUAUCAUCAACUAGCUUCUCCCACCCAGUGAAAUGCACUCUUUGCUUGUGGGAAGCUGUCUCCAAUCAGUCUCAUUUUGAUCAUUGUCAGUUUGUCUAGUGAAAUAGUAUAUUAUAGUAAUAGUUACUGACAGUGGCCCAUCACCACUGAAUUAAUGUUUGUCCAUUGCUUUAUUCAUUUCACACUGCACAGCCUUUCCAUGUUAUAUCAUCCUACUGGUCCAAUUUGUAGAAUAACAUAUGUUGGAGAAGAUAUGGUUCAAAACAAGAUGGAGUUCACUGACAGCAUUACAUUUGCCUACACUUAGUCUUGUUGCAUCAUCGCCUUCAUGUCUGAGACUAGGCAAGAUAUAUAGGCUUGAUGUGGGAAUGACAUACGUUUUAUGUCAUGUUUCAUCAGUCGUCUAAUUUACAUCAUUACUGGCCUUUCUAGAUAUAGUAAAUAGAGCCUACACAUAUUCUGUAGUUUAAAUUUACUAUCCUAAAUGUGACAUCCACAAAAAGAUGAAUUAGCUCUCAAAAGUUGCUAGGCACAUCUUUUACACACAGAAUCACCAAUCAGCCAAUGAGACUUUGUUCUGAUGAUACUGUAUUUCUACCCUGUGUUUCGCUAUUGACUGUUGUCACCCUGUUUCCUGCAAAGGAGAGUGAUGAGGGAGGAGACCUGAAAUAAAGCCAAAUUCCAAUGCUUUCAGCUUGCCUGUGGUUUUUCCCUAAUUUGCCUUAGACUCUCAAAUUCUAUUACUCCUGACACACCAUCAUUGGCUAACAGAAAAAAAAUCUUUCCUCCUGGCAUACUUAACAAAGUCUGGAAACUGUUGAUGCUCAUAUGUGCAGCAACUGGAAGGAGAGCAGAUGAGUAGAGCUGUGUGAAAUAAUCUCAUUGAUUCUCAAACCCACUUACACUUAGCCUCGUGUGUAUGUUUUGAGGUGCUUACAAACCUUAGCCUGUGCUCACAAAAGUUCACAAAUACGAUGUUCAACAGAUGGGAAACCCAUCCCAUUCCCUUAAGUGCCCCCUCAUCUUUCUCCUAAACUGCUGCUUUUCCGCCUAGGAAUCACACAAUGGGGUUUAUGGAACCUCUCUCCUAGCAUGGGGAUGCUAAAGAUUAUGAAGCUUCUCUCAGUAAUUUGCAGCAGAACUAGCUGGUGGGAGUGGCUGCUCCUACUCCAGCCGAGUGGGUGGGCUGCUACAUACCAAUGCCACCCACGAUUGUGUGCUAUCAUUUAGUAGUCAUUUGAGUCUAUUAUUAAAUUGUGAGCCUGUUGGAGCAUAUACUUUGUCUUUGUUUGCCUGUGAAGCAUUAUCUUCACCAAGAGCUUGAUAUAAAAUGAUGAGCAAUAUCAUCAUAAAUCCAUGUUUGCUGAUAUCAAUAAAUAGUGAACGUAAAGUAGAGAUCCUGUUUUUUAACUUUUUAUAUGAAAGGUUACACACAAACUUUAAUAUGUUCGUCCAUUUAGAGAUGCACUUUUUUCCAGUGGUAAUUACACAGGAAAAGGGUCUGAUGAACUAAACAAUUCACGCAUUGGCCCUUGCUAUCAUGAACAAUAAAGCUGUCAAAGUAUUAUCAACAAAAAACAAUUACCAAAAAUAAA